AAAAUGAAAAUCCCUGAAACACUAAUUCCUCCGACUGCUCGUGUCUCUGAAGACAAUACAGCUGUUUCUACUCAUUAACAGUCGAGGGGAAUACUUCUAGACAAUCUGUAGAUAUAAUUGAAUCAGAUACCUCAAGAAAAACUUCAGUAACCUAUGAAAAUCUCCGAAAACCUCUGAACACCUCUGGAAACCUUUAAAAACCUCUGAACACCUCUGGAAACCUUCAAAAACCCCUGAACACCUCUGAUAUUCACCAAUAAGCUUUAAUAAAGUGAACAAUUAAGAAUGCAAGAGAAGUCAUGCGGCUUGAUAACAACUCAGUGAAUCUUAGAAUUUAGUGAAAAUCGUGAAACCCAUGAAACAAGAAAAAGUUUAAACCUUUAGGAAUUCUCGAUACGUUACGCUAUGAUUCAAUAGAAAAAAUCACAAAAAUGUAAACCAAAGUCUACCCUAUAGAAAAGGUUGUCCUUCAAGUGAAAAAAAGUUCUUAUACCAAAGAAAACAAAACCUGAAAAGUUUUAAAUCCGCGAAAACUUACUUUCAAAUCCACGAAAUGUGAAGAAAUGUGCAAUACCAGUGUACACUUUACCUCAACUAUUAAAUGAAAAGGAAUGAAGUGUUUAAAUAUGGGAAGCUACUGCUCUCAAUUAUCAUCGCCGCGUAAGAAUUCUAUUCUGCCUCCUCCAGAUCUCUCAACUCUACUCAACAAUUAUGAAAAGGAAAGUCAAGACAGUACCUACUGGCUGGAAAAGUUUAAAUCAAGCUUAAUUUCCAUGGAUGAAAGAACAGACCAGAUUUGGAGAACACAGUUGCUUGAAUUCGUUCUUGUUUGUAGAUCUGCUCUACAGCAGGGUUUAGACAACCAGGAUACACUCAACUCUCUCAAGGAGUACCUGGAGGAGGGAGGAGUUUCUGUAUCGGAUCUUGAGCUCCGAGAAGAUUUGUUUCAAUCAUUAGAAUCCUAUAUCUCCAAGUCCUCAGGAGCGAGGGGAACCAGGGCAGCAUUAUCUGGAAGCCCACCGUCUAGUGCUAAGGUUCUGGAAAACCUGAAGUUGGUCCUACUGGAUCCAAGUGUCUGGAAAACUCUGGAAAAUGAAUAUUCAAGAUUUCUUAAACAAACCCCUAGUCCUCCUAAACUAGCAGUUAUACUAUCUAUACUCUAGCUAUUUAAACCCUAAUCCUCCUAAACUAGCAGUUCUACUAUCUAUACUCUAGCUAUUUAAACCCUAGUCCUCCUAAACUAGCAGUUCUACUAUCUAUACUCUAGCUAUUUAAACCCUAGUCCUCCUAAACUAGCAGUUCUACUAUCUAUACUCUAGCUAUAUAAACCCUAGUCCUCCUAAACUAGCAGUUCUACUGUCUAUUCUCUAUCUAUAUAAAUUAGCACUGCCCACUAUCUGUACUUUAACAAAAUAUGUUUAAGUUAAUGUAUUCUACGAUCUCUUCUAUAACUGUCUGAUAUAAUUCAAGAUGUCCCAAUAAACAUAAGAAUUAAGUGACGAUUUUUUUCCCCUUUGAUCCAUGUGCCAUUUUUAAAACAGAACCCCCGACCAAUCCUAGUCUAGGGAAUUCAAAAAUGUGGUCCAUAAUAUAUAAAAACUCUUUGUCAUGUUUUCUACUGUCAGAAAUAAAUUUUCACGUCGUCUCUUGAUUCCCAUAUUAUUAGGACACUUUGUACAGUAACUGUACUCUUCUAUCAUUUGCAACAACAAAAUUAAUGUGAUAUUUGAAACCUAAUAUAACAAUUUUGAACCAGGCAAAGAAAAUAAAUUUAAACUCACACUGUU